AUGCAUGACGGCAUCUCAACAGAAAAUACACCCGUCCGAAUCUAUCUAUCUAUCUAUCUAUCUAUCUAUCUAUCUAUCUAUCUAUCUCUCUCUCUCUCUCUCUCUCUCUCUAUAUAUAUAUAUAUAUAUAUUAUUUUUGAAUCUGUCUCUGUUCAAAUCUAUCUAUCUAUCUAUGAAUCUAUUAUCUAUCUAUCUAUCUGUUUAUCUAUGAGUCUAUUAUAUUUUUUUUGGAUCUGUCUGUUCAAAAUCUAUCUAUCUAUCUAUCUAUCUAUCUCAGUCUGUUCAUAUCUAUCUAUCUAUCUAUCUCAGUCUGUUCAUAUUUAUCUAUCUAUUUAUCUAUCUCAGUCUGUUCAUAUCUAUCUAUCUAUUUAUCUAUCUCAGUCUUUUCGGAUCUAUCUAUCUGCUUUAGUGUCUGCUUGGAUAUGCGCCGCGUGUGGUAAGAGGUGUCAGCCUCGCCCUCACCGCAAAGAUAUAAAGCAAGCAUUCGUCCUUUUUAGCCUUUGUUCCUCGCAAGCUUCUUGCCUCUCUUUCACAAUCAGCCCCAAAUACACGUUCCGAAUUCAUCAAUCUACCCUCCCGCCACUCAAAUAG